AUGGAAAUGUCUGAAGCAACGCCAAUGGGUAAUGGUGACCGUUUGGUUCACAAGGAUUUGGUUAUGGGCGACCGCCCGAAUUUUGCACCAAAUCUAGUCUGUCUACUUGAACCAAAGGUGUCGGGCGACCAAGCUAAUCGGAUUUGCAUUGGUUUUGGUUUUGAGGACUGGCUUAGAGUGGAGGCGGUAGGAUUCUCCGGGGGAAUUUGGAUCUUUUGGAAUAGCCCUUUGGAGGUUCAAGAAGGAAACGAUCCACCUUGGGUGCUAUCAUUAGUUUAUGGUAGCCCAAACAUAUCGCUUUGCAAGAAAUUAUUCACAGAACUCACAUCUGCUGACUUUAAUCAUCAAUCUUGUUGGCUUGCCUGCGGUGACUUCAAUUCUAUUACAAGUAUAGAGGAAGUAAGCAACUCAUCGUGCUUCAACUCAUCAAGGUGCUCGGACUUUAGGAAUUGGAUCUUUCGCGAAGGGCUAAUUGAUCUGGGAUAUAUAGGCUCUAAAUUCACUUGGAUGAGAGGGAUUAAUUCAGCAUCUUUUAGAGGGGCAAGACUUGACCGAGCCUUAUGCAACGCUGAUUGGAAAUUCAGGUUCCCGGAGGCAGUAGUAGAACACCUUCCCAUGAUAGACUCGGACCAUUCACCUCUCCUCAUCUCAUGUACCCCUAAGGCCGCGACAACAAGGAAAAAACCGUUCAGGUUCAAUAUGGCAUGGGCAACUCAUGAAGACUUCAUCAAUUGCGUCAGAAGAACAUGGAUGCCCGAGAAACAGCUAGAAGAAAAUAAAACAACUAUGGCGGAAGCUCUAUCAAUUUGGAAUAGGUCUACUUUUGGUAACAUCUUCCAAAGGAAAAAUUGGCUUCUAAGCAGAAUCAAAGGAAUUCAACGAAGCUUAACAGUCCAGGCUAGAAACGACCUGCUAAGAUUAGAAAGGAAAUUGAGGGAGGAAUUACAAUCGACCCUACAGCAAGAAGAACUCAUAUGGUAUCAGCGGUCGAGGGAGGAGUGGAUUACAUCCGGUGACUGCAACACGAGAUUCUACCACUUAGCCACCUCAGUGAAGAAGAACAACGUGAAGAUCAACUCCCUCCGGGCGGCGAAUGGCGAAUGGAUUUCAGAUAAUGAAUGA